AUGGGCGCGGGCGAUGCUGGGAGGUGGCGCCGGGGCGGGCGGGCCGCCUGUGGCCGCGGGCAGUGCGGGAAUUUCGGACCGGGAGGAAGGAGCGGCGUCGGGCCCGCUCGCGCAGGAGGGAAAAUGCCGAAUAAGAAAAUGGCUGGAAAAAGAGCCCCUGCAAAAAGGAAACUUGCUGAAGUGUUUGGUUUGGGGGAGGUUCUAGCAGAUACAUCAAGAAAAGAAUGGAAAUUAGGUGUUCCUAUAGGGCAGGGAGGCUUUGGUCGCCUAUACCUUGCUGAUGUUAAUUCUUCAAAGUCGGUUGGCAGUGAUGCCCCUUAUGUUGCGAAAGUGGAACCCAGCCAGAAUGGACCUCUCUUUACUGAGUUAAAGUUCUACAUGCGAGCUGCUAAGCCAGAUGAAAUUCAGAAGUGGACUAAGUCCCAUAAACUGAAAUAUUUAGGUGUACCAAGAUAUUGGGGUUCUGGCUUGCAUGAAAGAAAUGGAAACAGCUAUCGAUUUAUGAUAAUGGACAGAUUUGGCAGAGAUCUUCAGAAGCUGUAUGAAGAGAAUGCAAAGCAAUUUUCCCAUAAAACUGUUCUACAAUUAGGCCUGAGAAUACUUGAUAUUCUGGAAUAUGUCCAUGAGCAUGAAUAUGUGCAUGGAGACAUCAAGGCCGCAAACCUCCUUCUGAGUUACAAGAACCCUAAUCAGGUGUACUUGGUGGAUUACGGACUUGCCUAUCGAUACUGUCCUGAAGGAGUUCACAAAGUAUAUAAAGAAGAUCCUAAAAGGUGCCAUGAUGGAACUAUUGAAUAUACCAGUAUUGAUGCACACAAGGGUGUAGCACCAUCAAGACGUGGUGAUCUGGAGAUCUUGGGUUACUGUAUGGUUCAUUGGCUUAGUGGCCAUCUACCAUGGGAAGAUAAUUUGAAAGAUCCAAAUUUUGUCAGAGACUCAAAAAUCAGAUGUAGAGAUAAUAUUUCCAUUUUGAUGGACAAAUGCUUUCCUGGGAAAAAUAAACCAGAUGAGAUAACCAAAUAUAUGGAAAAGGUGAAGCUACUCAGCUAUGAAGAGAAACCUGUUUAUCAGCAUUUCCGAGAAAUACUUCUGCAAGGUCUCAAGGCCAUUGGACAGAAAGAUGAUGGCGUGCUUGACUUUGGCUUGGCAGAGAAUGGAGACUUUCAAAGAAAUCCCAUGCAAAAGAAGAAAAGAAAGGCAGCAGCUGCCGCCAGUGAGAGCGCUGAGGUGGAAAUAGAAGAUACAGGAAGUCCAAAAAAAAAGAGAGCUGCUACUUCUAAUGCAGUUGCUACCAGAACCCAGAAGAUGACAUCGCCAAAACCCAAGAAAAGCACAGCAACCAGAAAGAGAGUCCAGAAGUAAAUAAUAUAUGGAGCAACAAAUUAAGUUGCUCUGUGGCUCAUUUCUGUGGGUUUUAUUUUUUUGGGUUUUUUGUUUUGUUUUGGUUUUGUUUUUUUGGGUUUUUAUGUAGCACUGGAAUAUUUUUCCUUUUUAAAUGAUGAAUCCUGUAAAAACAUGGACUUCUGUUUGUACCUGUUUUUGAAGAAUAAAUGUUUUAUUAAAAUAUUUGCAUAAUUUAUGUGCACUUAAAUACUAAUGCAAAAUUUUGCCAACUUUUGAAGUGGGGAUGCAUUUCUAUUCUUUAUAUACGUGAAUUUAUGUCUUACAGGCAAACUAAAAGAGAGUGCUUUUUUCUGCUUUGUAAUGUAGAGAUAAAGCCCUAUUUAAUAGUUUCAUUAUGGAUACUGUAUAAGAAACAGCAGUGUUGCAUCUGAUUUCUUACAGUUUUGAGUAAAAUCAUAUUGGUAAUCACCUAAAUGUGGAAUGAGAUGAAGUCUGAAAAGCAGAAAUCGCUUUUAAAUACAUUUCAGGUUUCUGAAUUGAAAACAGAACAUAAGGCAAAAAAUCAUGUCCUUCCAUUCUAGUUUGGAUAAAAUGCAUUCUUUGGAAGACAGGUACAGAAUUUUAGCCAUUUUUUUGCAUAGUAUUUGUAUUUGUAUCACUUUUCCAAUUAUUCGCAGUUUCUUUGGAAAGAAAGAGAUCUCAACCACAUCCUCAGGUUUUCUUUUUAUAUUAGUGAAAAGAUUAGAAUAUAAUUGUGAGUAACUUUGUGCAGGAUCCAGUUCCAGUGAAAUACUGUUUCAUGUCUGCUUCUCAUAGCAAUAAUGGUUUACCUUUUUAAUACUUGAGGAGUUGUAAUCUUCCAAAUCCUUUUGUAAAAGUAGUUCCUUGGUUAGCUUUGAGUCCCUUCAGUCCCUUCUUUGUAAGUCAAAGAAUAAUGUUGAAUUCCAGUGUGAAACACUGCUACUUUUCAUAUAUCUACUGCAACAUGCACGUAAUAAGGCAUGAACAUCAUUCUUAUCAGGGCAACUGAAAGUUUGGCAAAACAAAAGGAAUCCAUAUGAGCCAGUGAGAGUGUAUUCGUGUGGAUGUCCAGCUUGCUCAAUUGUAUAAUGUCUGAGUAGCAACUCAUGAGAUUAAAUAAAUAUGUUGUAGCAUGAAAUGUUGAGUGAAUGAAUGAAUGAUGUUAUGUUUUGUAACAAGAGAAUCCAUUGUUUUGAAAUAAAACUGGAAUACCAUA